CAAACAAUAAUAAUAAAAACAACACACCCACGUGGACACACCUUCUCACCCGUCUUAGCCGUCGGCCACCAAACCGAUCUGGAUCAUGUCGGUGGUGUUGGAGACGACGUUGGGCGCCAUUACCGUGGAUCUGUACUUGGAGGCCCGCCCCAAGGUGUGUCUCAACUUCUUAAAGCUGUGUCGGAGUAAGUUUUACAACUAUUGCCUCUUCCACAACAUCCAAGCGGGUUUCCUGGCCCAAACGGGCGAUCCGCAAGGCACGGGCCGAGGCGGACAAUCCGUCUUCAUGGACCUGUACGGACCGCAGGCCCGCUUCUUCCAGGGCGAGUUUCUGCCCAAGAUCCGCCAUGCCACCAAGGGCCUGCUGUCCAUGGUGGGCGUGGGCGAGGGCAUGCUCGGAUCCCAGUUCUUCCUCACGCUCGACGACCAAGACGGCCUCCACGACAACCUGGACCCGGAUCACUGCGUGUUCGGACAAGUGGUCGAGGGGUUUGAGGUGCUGGACCGACUCAACGCCGUCAUCACUGACCCCGAUCAUCGGCCCUAUCAAGACGUGCGACUCACGCACACCGUGGUCUUGGCCGACCCCUUCGAGGAUCCACCCGGGUUGGUCGUCCCGGCCGUCAGCCCCGAACCCGGUCCCGAGGUGUGGGGUUCGGAUCGCUUGGCGGCCGAUGAGGAUUUAAGCGACGAGGAGGAGUUGAGCCCACGGGCAAGGGCGGAAAAGACGGCCCAACGCGAGGCCCAGGCCCAGGCCACCAUCUUGGAGAUGAUUGGCGAUUUGCCCGAGGCCGACUGCGCUCCACCCGAGAAUGUCCUAUUUGUGUGCAAGCUCAAUCCCGUGACCACGGAUGAGGAUUUAGAGACCUUGUUCUCGCGAUUCGGACGCGUGGUCAGUUGUGAAGUGAUUCGGGAUCGCAAAACACAGGACUCACUCCAGUACGCCUUUGUCGAGUUUGAGAACCCGCAGGCGUGUGAGCAGGCCUAUUUUAAGAUGGACAAUGUCUUGAUUGACGAUCGACGGAUUCAUGUGGACUUUUCCCAGAGUGUGUCCAAAUAUCAGUGGAAAGGCAAGGGGCGCCUCACCAUUCGCGGCCAAGAGCGACCGCCCCCACCCGCUGCCCGGCGUGAACCCAGACCUCGCCGUUCCCCCUCGCCCCGAUCUCGAUCCCGGAAGUCAUCGGCUCGGCCCCGAUCCCGGUCCCGAGACCAACGGCGACCGCGAUCGAGCUCCCGAUCGCGUGACAAGAAGAAGCGAUCGCGCUCACGAUCGCGUGACAAGAAGAAACGAGCCCGUUCUAGAUCGCGCGAACGCGAGCGCUCGAAUCGUCACCGGCGACCCAAAUCGCGAUCACGAUCCCGAGAUCGCCGCCGAUCCCAAGACAAGCGACGACGUUAAAGCCCAGCCCAUUGGACCCUUAUUUCUGCACAGCCAAUACAUUCAUUACCCCCACCCGCCA